AUGGGGAAGACACUCUUAGCGAUUGAAGAAGAAUUGAAUGAGCCAAUUUUUCCUUAUUUCGAUUGGGUUGCGGGCACGUCUACAGGCGCUCUACUAGGAACUGCCCUAGCGCAAGGCAAAACUCUACGGGAGUGUCAGCAUAUUUACUUACGUUUCAAAGAUCUCAUCUUCGAUGGCUGGACUCGUCCUUAUAAUUCCACCCUGCUUGAAAUGUUCAUGAAAGAAGCAGUCGGAGAAGAAAGUCUGAAUGAAAUCAAGUCGCCGAGGUAA